CAAAAUAAUCCAAUUAUAUAUCAUUCAUCAGACAUAUCUUACACCAACUAGGAUGUAUACAAUGGGCAGAGUGUCCUCCACAGCAUGUCCGCGCUGUGGGGAGCUGGAGGCCGGCUUCUGGCACAUGAUUGGGAGCUGCUCCCCGAUAGCUAUGUUUUGGAGGGAGGCGACUGAUCUUCUUUCCUCCUUAGGCCGGUUCGGGUACCCUGCACUCCUGAGGUCUGCCUGCUAGGAAUACUGAAUGAAGAUAAUUGGGAUCACUAUAUGACAAUAUUCCUGAGGGAAUCCCUGUUUAUGGCACAUAAAUGUAUUGCUCUGAGAUGGUACAGCCCCAAUACACCAAACUUAACCAUGUGGAAAUUGCAGAUAAAUCCGAUCCUACCAUAUGUAGUACUAGUAUACAAACAUCGCAACAAACCACAAACAUUUGAUAGAGUUUGGGGCAGCGCGAACUAUGUAUUCAACCGCGAGACUGCGACAAGCCAUAUCAGCAGCUCGAGGAAGCGUGGCUCAUUCGGUUUAAUGGGGACACCUGUACAUACUAAUACACUAUAUGUUAAUUGAAGAAAUAGGGAGUAUGUAACAUUGCAAUGGCUGGUUAGAGAAACUGUUUAGACGGUUGCUGUAUUUUUUGUUUACAUUGUUUUCUGUAUCAAGAGAAUUGGACCAUAUACGUCUUUUUAUUUCUAUAUCUAUACUGUAUUCGGCAAAAAAAAGUAUGUGAUGCGGUUGUUUUUCCUAUUCUGUUAAUAAAACGGUUAAAAAAAUAUACUGUACGGAGCGGGAUCUCCGUACAGUAUUAGAACAAAGUUUUACAUCCCAAGCCAAUUCUCUCAUCCCCAAUCUUGUCUUCAGUCUUGUUUUAUCCACCAGUAUUAUAUGUUGUAUCCUUGUAUAAUGAGAAGGGUGGAGAUGGCAGGAUUACAGCUGACCAUAGACAUCACAUGUUGUCUGGAUCUUCUCACAAUCUUCUGGUUAUGGAGACUACUUAUCUGAAUAAGGAACCAAAAGAUUGGAUUUAUACAGGAGACCUGCAGAUAUUUGGGUCAGAUAACUCCUGCUGUCCGGUCAUUUUUGGUCCUCAUUCUAAUUACUGAUAUUUUCAGGUCAUAUAAAACCUUCCACACGACUUCUCCAACCGUCUGAUGACUUCUACAAUAUUUAUUUUACAGCUUGUGAAUCUGGGUGAAGAUCUGAACAUUAUAUAUGUUACAGAGACACAUGUGAGGGGUGAUGAGCAGAGUAUAGAGGACAUUCCUACAGAUAACAGCCCAGAUGACUGCACCAGGAGCUUAGGAGGACAUCUUGAAUCUUCAGAUUUUAAAGCAGACGAUCAUGGUACAGAAGAUAGAUAUGGAGAGCAUUCCAUUAUCUCAGAUAUACCCUACAUCCUCCACAGCAAAGAUCCAUCAUCGGAUUCACUAAAAUUGGUCCAAUCUUCUGAUUCACCACAGAUUGUUAUGCAAAACAAAAGUCACCAAAGUGGUGAACAUCAUAGCGCUCUCACAGUGAAGAAGACAUUUUUAUGCUCAGAAUGUAACAAAUGUUUUGCUCUCAAAAAAACUCUUGUUAAACAUCAGAGAAAUCACACAGGAGAGAAACCAUAUUCAUGUUCGGAAUGUGGGAAAUCUUUUAACCAGAAAUCGGAUCUUGUUGCACAUCAGAGAAUUCACAACGGGGAGAAGCCAUUUUUGUGUUCUGAAUGCGGGAAAUGUUUUACCCAGAAAUCAAAUCUUGUUGUACAUCAGAGAACUCACACAGGGGAGAAGCCAUUUUCAUGCUCAGAAUGUAAGAAAUGUUAUAGUGUUAAAACAGAUCUCAUUAGACAUCAGAGAAUUCACACAGGAGAGAAGCCAUUUUCAUGUUCAGAAUGUGGGAAGUGUUUUAACCUGAAAUCAAGUCUUGUUGUACAUCAGAGAACUCACACAGGGGAGAAGCCAUAUUCAUGUUCAGAAUGUGAGAAAUGUUACAGUGUUAAAACAGAUCUUGUUAGACAUCAGAUACUUCAUACAGGGGCGAAGCCAUUUUUAUGUAGAGAAUGUGGAAAAUGUUUUUAUCAGAAGUCAGAUCUUGUUGCACAUCAGAGAAUCCACCACGGGGACACACCAUUUUUAUGUUCAGAAUGUGGAAAAUAUUUUAACCGGAAAUCAGAUCUUGUUGUACAUCAGAGAAUUCACACAGGGGAGAAACCAUUUUCAUGUUCAGAAUGUGAGAAAUGUUAUAGUGUUAAAACAGAUCUGAUUAGACAUCAAAGAACUCACACAGGAGAGAAGCCGUUUUCAUGUUCAGAGUGUGGGAAAUGUUUUAACCAGAAAUCAAAUCUUGUUGUACAUCAGAGAAUUCACACAGGGGAGAAGCCAUUUUCAUGUUCAGAAUGUGGGAAGUAUUUCAACCAGAAGUCAGCUCUUGUUAAACAUCAGACACUUCACACAGGGAAGAAGCCAUUUUCAUGCCCAGAAUGUGGGAAAUGUUUUAUUCGGAAAUCAAAUCUUGUUGACCAUCAGAAAUACUCACACAAGACUGAAGCCUUAUGCAGGUAGGCUUCCUAGAAACAGCAAAAUUAAAUGCAAGUUCUGUGGGAGGAAGAGGUAGUUGUCUAUGAAAUAAUUUAUUAGAAAUACAACUUGGAAAAAAUAUAACUGUUACAGUGAAAGUAAAAUCACUUUAUACAAAGGAAAGCAUUUAUAUGAGGUAAAUGAAAUGUAUGAUAUUAUAAAUAAAUGUCUUUUAUUUAAAAAGCAAAUAAAAUCUAGAUAACACACCAACGAAUCAGCCAUGUGCAUAGAAUAUUUCACAUUAAAAGGAUUCUUCAGAAAAUAAGAAUUGUCUUUAGAAUGGUGAUGUCUCAUUACUAGAACAUUUGACUACUGCAGUUAAUCACAACCCAGAAACUGAUCUAACUCCUACUUACCCAGCUUUAAAGAGAAAUCCUGGAUGAUAUGAUAAAUUGACUUGGAAAACAACACAAGGUCAAACAUAAACUACUCAACAUUGAAAUUGCAACACCAAGAAGGAAAAGUUGUGGAAUUAUGGAAAUCACAGGAUUAAUAGACAUGUUAAUGCCUAAAAAUGGGAAAAAAAUAUUCAAAAUACGGUAUCUUUAUUUAUUCAGUAUCAAGAAAAAGGUCCACGAGCAGAAAAACACACCUUGGCAUGUUAUCAGUGAGGUUAUUAUUGGUUGUCUGAGGUGUGUUCUGCCAUGUUGAAUGCUCUUGGACUCGCAAAUCAUCAAGAUCCACUGCUGGCAGCUCCUUUUGCAGGUGCUGAUUAAUGUCCACCCAGAUGUCCUCCAAGAAGACAAGUCUGUAAGCGCUGCAGACCAUAGUAGCACGUUUAGGUGACACAGACUGCUCAUAGAAGCACGAGCAACAUGUGACUUGGUUUUGUGCUGUUAAAAAAAACAGCUCCUGGAUCACUUUAGAGAAAUAUCCAUACCAUUGGUUCUACGGUCAAAUUAAUGGGAAGUCAGGCUGUUAGUGUACCUGAAAUGAAAAUGAGAGGGGUCCAGCUACAGUACAUUAUGCCAGCCCACACCAUAAUCCAGGGAGUAAGAGCAGUGUGAUGUUCACUUGUGAAGGCUUCUUGAUGGCAUUGGCCAAGUGGUCUCCAGACCAGGAUAGGCCUCCAUUGCAGUCUCUAUUGCUGUCUUUCUAUGCACCAUGAUGGCCUUUUAGAGAAGUGACAUGAGGUCAAAGAAGACACUGUUUGCCACCCUAGGCUUGAGAUGUGAUAUCCAAUUUCAAGUACAAAAUGGAAAAAAAUUACCAUAUUUUUCGCCCAUA